CUUCUUUACUAGCUUUGACUGCUUUCUCCUUGUUAGCUUUCAACUUUAACCUACGAUGAGGAAGACUCCGGACCGCAACGUGAUGAUGAUAAACAGUGGACGUACAGUACUACAAAGAUACUUGCAGCAGCUGAUCCCUAUGGCAGCCAGGGGACUGUUGCACACGAAAAACUCACUUCUUUACAAUAUGAAUUGUUUCUGGCUGAUUAGAUUUCCAACAGAGAUUGUGCUCAGACCUGUGUCUUCUAGGCGCUUCUGUCUGAAGACAGACAGUGCUGUUGCAGAGUCAUGCAAGGAGAAUGGCAUUCUAGUAAACAAUCUGGCAUGCAUGGGAGUGGAUGUCAAAAUGGCAAGAAGGCGACAACCUGGAGUUCUGAAGAAGCUGAUCACAAAUGAAAAGGGCCUCAAAAGAUUUCUGCAAAGCAAAGGGGCUACUAAUGAAGUCAUUGCCAGCAUCAUCUCACGUUAUCCACGAGCCAUCACACGUUCCUAUGAGUCUCUUGAAAAACGUUGGGAACUUUGGAGAAGUAUUUUGAUGACUGAUUUGGAAAUUGUAAAUAUUCUGGGACGUUCUCCUGAGUCUUUCUUUCGUUCCAGUAAUAACUUCAAUAUGGAGAAAAAUAUUACAUUUUUCUGUUCUCUUGGGCUAACCUCUAAACACCUUUGCAGUAUGUUGACCAGAGCACCUCGGGCAUUUUCUAACAAAGUGGAGCUGAAUAAACAGAUGACUGACCUCCUGCAUGAGAUCUGUUUGUCUUUAGGUGGUGAAAACCCAAAUGAUUUUGUGAAGCACAUCAUUUCUAAAAAUGUCUUCAUCCUCCUGCGGAGCAGGAAGCAAGUGAGCGCAAACUUUGAGUUCCUGCAAUCUUUCCAUCUGAGCAAUGAGGAAUUACUAGCUCUGCUACAUGGCUGUGGAGCUGACAUUUUGGACUUAUCUAAUGAAUAUAUAAAAAAAAACUUUACAAAUGCUAAAGAGAAGCUGUUAUCUCUUGGGUGCACUGAAAGAGAGGUGGAUAGAUUUUUCAUUAGCUAUCCACGAGUGCUCUUUCUUUCAUCCAAGAACCUCAGUGAUAAAAUAGAUUGCCUCUUGCAAGCAAAGAUUCACAUUAAACAAAUAGUUGAAAUGUCUCGUGUUCUGGAUAUAAGUAUCGGUACUGUAAGAAGCAGAGUCAAGGAACUGGAAAAAACUAGUUAUGACUUCAAAACCUAUGGAAUUGGCAUCCUUACUUUAAGUAAAAGGAGAUUUGAAGCUAAAUUGGAAAAAUUACGUAGUGCAUAGUGAUUAAUCAAGAGGACAGAAUCCAUUCUGUGAGAAUACAGGGUCAGAUUCUGAAAUUAAAACACUUGAAAAAGGGUCCUGUUUUGUUAUUUUGAAACUUAUUUCAGAAUAAUUUGUGGUUACUUAGCAUUGCUUAUUUAGGAUAAGUAAAUUCUCAGCUAUCACUAGCGGGGCGCUGUAGAGUGACCAGGAGAACCAUUUGGUGUCUUGCUUACCAGCUGUGAUGGUAGUGGAUCACAGAUAUUGAAAAGAGUGAGACUGUUUAGAGUGUACAUCAGUUGGAGGAGAGAAUAGAGAUAUGCAGAAUAAUGAAUGGUACAGAGAAGAUGUCAGGUAUACUAUUUGCCCUUUCCUCCAUACAAAAGCAAGGGAUCAUUCAUAUCCUCGAUUCUGGAACUGGCUUAGCACAGGCUAACCCAGGGGCAGGCAACCUAUGGCACGCCUGCCAAAGGUGACACGUGAGCUGAUUUUUAGUGGCACUCACAU